AUGGCGUUCUCGCUGCCUCCGCAAGCCUUUCGGUCGGGCCAUAACAACUUUCCGGCAACGACAAACGAUGCGGCUACGGUAUCCCAAAAGGCCGACGCUACCUCCUCUGCAGACGCUACCACCGCGAGUCAAAGCACGAACCCAAAGAAUAAAACAGGGCUGUUCGGCUGGCUGCUUCGCCGGAACCGAGUAGCCGACAACCCGAGCGAAGCGAGUGACAACGCGCAGGUGCUCAUCAAGAGCCGACUACUAUUUGUCAACGACGUCAAGCGCACGAUGGAGUACGCCGCCUAUUUGCAGAAAUUCCAUCGCGCUGACCCCUACUCGGCCAACACUGUGCGCUCGUCCAAGUACUCAGCCCUUAACUUUCUCCCAAAGUCGCUCUUUGAGCAGUUCCGUCGCGUGGCCAAUUUCUAUUUCCUCAUCAUCUCGCUUCUUCAGUUGUGUACAGACUUGUCCCCUACGAACGAAUAUUCGACGAUUGGACCUUUGAUGCUCGUACUGACUGCUACGAUGAUCAAGGAAGGGCUGGAAGAUCGCGCGCGGCAUCAACAAGACUGGGUCGUAAACCACGGCAAGGUCGAGACGCUCGACGGUACGGUAGAACCAGGUAGAAGCAAGAGUAGGGACCCCGAGAACGUGUCGCGUACACUUCAUCUAGGAGAUUUCCAAUCGAUCUAUUGGAAAAAUGUGCGUGUGGGUCAUGUGAUCAAGAUCCACGAUCAAGAACAGGUACCGGCCGACAUAGUGCUUCUAUUUUCCAGCCAAGGAACGGGUGAAGCCAUGUGCGAGACGUCCAGUCUCGAUGGCGAGUCCAACCUCAAAGUCCGUCACUGUAUCAAGUGGAAUCGUAUCAUCCCGUAUACACCCAAAGAGUUUGGAGACUCUGUACAUGGAGAGAUACGCUGCGAGGCGCCGAAUAAAAGACUGUACAGUUUCGACGGAGUGGUGCGGAUCUCUCGCUCGAAAACUCAGGCAAUCGGUGAACCUCCCAGAUCCUAUUUGGAGGUUCGGUCACUCGAGAAUGAGGACGAAGAAAAUGCGCCGGAAGCGGAAGAAAUCCCCAUCACGAUCGAGAAUGUUCUCUUGCGUGGUAUGAAACUGUGCAACACGAAAUGGGUCGUUGGAGUCGUUGUUGGCGGUGGGAAUGACACGAAAUUGGUGCAGAACAUGAAGUCAAUUCCGUCCAAGUUCAGUCGCUUGGACCGGAUUGCGAAUCGCUGCAUCUUCCUCAUUUUCUCGGUCCUUUUCGGUGUGUGUUGCUUCAGCUCCAUCCAGGCGUCUCUGUUUGUUGUAAAAGUGCAUAAGAAACCCGGUUACGCGUCGGCAUACCCCUUCGUGGCGCCAUUCCACCCAGCCUACGUCUUGGAAGCGUGGGUCACGUAUUUGAUCCUGUACAACAAUAUGGUGCCGAUCUCGCUGUACAUCAGCUUGGAGGUGGUCAAAUGGUACCAAGCGCGACGUAUCGAGAACGACCCAAAGAUGUACUGCCCCCUCACUGGUCGUGGCGUGACGGCACGUACGUCCAAUGUGAACGAAGAUCUCGGCCAGAUCAAGUACAUUUUCAGCGACAAAACGGGGACGUUGACCAAGAACCAAAUGCUCUUCAAGGUGUGUAGUAUCGGCGGUAUUAUCUUUGACGGGUCGAACAUGCAGCACCGUCGAGCAGCUCAAGCUGGCAGCGAAGAUCUGUCUGUGGGCAGUGAUAUGAUGCUCAAGUUCGGCUCUGCCUCCGCUGUUCGAGGGGGUAGUUCGGGCCGAGAGGGGGGCACGGAUGGCAGACGCAAGUCCAAGCACGUGUCUGUGACGGAGAAGGACGUUCGGUCGUACUCGCAGAUGAUGAAGUUCGUGGAGAACCCCUCGCGUUUCUCCGGUAAAGAGCUGCACGCUGUGGAGUUGGCUCGUCCAUUCUUUCGCUGCCUGUUGCUGUGUCAUUCGGCGUCUGUAGCGCUCGAGGGCCCCUCGGAUCACACUGACGCUCAUAGUACAGUAAGCCGGACACCGACAGAAAGCAGUAUAGGAACAGAAAGCAGACGCCACAGUGCCGGAUACAACUCGUUCACGAGCAACCUUGCGGCUGUAGAGGCAACGGAUUCCUUCCCUUCCCUUGUCAAGGGUGACCGGAAGUUCUUCGGCUCCUCACCAGACGAAGUUGCGCUUCUGAAUGCUGCACUGGAGUUCGACUGCGUGUACGAACGUCGAGACGGCGAUGUCAUCCACAUCCGAUUGUUCGGCAUACCCGAGUCGUAUCAACUUCUGGCCUUGAACGAGUUUGACAGUACACGGAAGUGCAUGUCUGUGGUGGUGAAGCGAUUGAAUCGAGCCGAUCGCCACGACUCCAAGCUGGCUCGUGUUCAGGACAAUUUGGGGGAUCUGGAACAUACAGAUCUGGAUGGCAUGGUCAGUGAUUCUGAAUCCGAAGACCAAGACAUUCUGGUGUUCUCAAAAGGAGCUGACACUGUCAUGUUUGCGAACGCCAAUAAGGACCAAGAUAUCAACAAACUGGCGCUACAUGUGCACUACUUUGCUGCAAUGGCUCUCCGGACGUUGUUACUUGGCUAUCGCACACUGUCGAUGGCGGAAUAUACCGAGUGGAAGUGCGAAUUCGAUUCCGCCAAGAAAGCGUUGUCAAGUCGAGAGCAACUAUGCGUGGAAGUGGCAAGGAAAAUUGAGAGAAGCACCAAGUUAUUAGGCGCCACUGGAGUGGAAGACCUCCUUCAAGAUGGCGUGAGGGAGUGCAUUUCCCAGUUGUCUCUUGGAGGUAUCAACAUCUGGAUGCUUACAGGAGACAAGGACGAAACAGCCAUCUCGGUUGCUCACAUGUGCGGCCUCAUCGGUCCCAAGAGCAAAAUCAUUAUCAUCAAGGGGAAGACGAAGCAAGAUUGUCUCGAUGAGAUCGCGAAAGCCCGACGGAAGCUCAAGCGAGAAGGUGUGUGGGUCCCUGGAGUGGCGUCUCAGGACAUUUCGUUAGUGAUCAACGGCGAAGCGUUGGAACUCUUACUGGCUGAUGCGCUCACGUCGAGCAAGAUCAAAGCGCAAAUAUCGUCCGUCAACGCCAACCAAGUGGCUCCUCACGGAGACACUCACAGCGCUACAAUCGACGUGCUACGAAGCGAGCGAGACACGCGACUUAGUGGCUCCAUGUCGGCCAAGUCGAUGGGUAAUUUGCCGUUCCCAGGGACCCCAAACUCGCGGCAUCGCUCGAGCUCAAGACCUGGAUCAACACGAGCAUCAAUCACGGACCCCAACGGCAACGUUCAAUUGGCGCACGAAUUGUUCCUCGAGCUUGCUUCUCAGUGUAGAACCGUGGUGGCCUGUCGACUGAGUCCAAUGCAGAAGGCUCAAGUUGUGAGCUUGAUGAAGGCUGCACCAGGCACACCACUUACUCUCGCUGUAGGAGACGGAGGCAACGACGUGAGUAUGAUACAGGAAGCUCAUGUGGGCAUCGGUAUUUACGGACACGAAGGGAUGCAGGCGGUGCGUGCUGCAGACUUCGCCAUCGCCACAUUCCGCCACCUUUCGCGACUUCUGCUCGUGCAUGGACGCUGGAAUCAUCGACGAGUGGCGCGCGUUAUCUUGUUCUCCUUCUACAAGAACAUGGCUCUCAUCAUGACGUUGUUCUUGUAUUCUUUCUACAACGGAUACUCGGGUCAAACUCUGUACGAAUCGUACUUGAUGGUUGGCUGGAAUGUGCUGUACACGGUCCUGCCCAUUUUCGUGCUCGGCAUCACAGAUGAAGACAUUCGAGACAGCGCAGUCCUCCGGUUCCCGUUCGUGUAUCGGAGCUCUCUUAGAAAGAGCGAGCUGAGCAUCAAAGGACUGAGUUUCUGGGUCGCAAAUGCGCUCUUCCAUUCUCUUUUGGUGUUUUACUUUGUCAUGAAAACCAUGGGCGGGGUCUCCUCGAAAGACAGCCAUACGAAUGGACUUUUCCCGGACGGCACUGCUGUUUAUGGAGCGCUUAUCAUCACAGUAACGCUGAAGGCUUCUCUACACAUGCAGUGCUUGUACCGCUGGACUCGAGCGCAUUAUAUCUCACUGGUAGGUGGGUUUCUGGCGUACGUUCUGUUCGUGGGGGCGUACUCCCAAGCGUACCGAAUGUUCCCGUCUUUCGACGUGUUCCGUGACUUCCAAGGUCUCGCACACAUUCUCUUCUCCGAGAUGCUGUACUGGGCGAUGCUGCUCUUCACGGCGAUCACUUGUCUCUGUGUUGACUUGGCUGUCAUGUACUUGAGGAAAAUGUACUUGCCUUCCAGCAACGAUAUCAUCCUCGAGAUUGACAGCGGGCUCGGUGACCUCCCCUCCAUACCAGUUCGUAACGCCGACGGCUCCGUUGACCAUUCUCGCGCUGCCAAGUUGAUCUACAGCUCGUCAGGGCGAUCAGAGGAAGGAAGUUACAGUGGAGCGAGCACUGCAGUCGGUGGCAGUAUAAAGGGGGAGCUUACGCCGUCUCUACUAGAAGGCGAGUGGAGCCAACAAUUCCGAGACUUCGACCUGCCCACAGAACACGACGAGCUCUCGAAGCAGCUCGUCUCCAUCCAACGCGAACUGGCUCAGGAGAUUGGACAUCCCGACCCACUAAUGCAAGAAGACGACGCGCAUAGCUCUCGCGCUCUCAGAGUUCAGCCUCCAGUGCAUCCACUCACACUCGAGUUCAUGGGGGAAGAACAUCAACGUCUUGAGAUGGAGUACGAGAUCACGUUUGCCUUCCGAGAACGCAGUCGAGUGAUGUUGUGUCUCAAGGUCAUGGCGUUUAUGAUUCCUCUGUACGCAGCCUACGAGGUGCUGUGGGAACGCGAGUCUUCGUACAUUUAUAUCCGCGUGGGCUACUUCGUCUGCGACGUGUUAUUCAUGCGCUUCGCCCGCACCAAAUACUUCGUCCAGCACUACCAGAUCGCGAUCCUGCUCCCGUACUGCAUGAUCGGCAUGGCUCUUACGCUGACCAUCUCCGACACGGGCAAGUUCGCGGCUGCGCUGUACCCCGUGGGUCUGUUCGUGGUGAUUCGCGUCAAGUUCCUCUACGCGCUGAUGCUCUCGAUCUACAACUUCGCCUUCUACAUGCUGGCGGACAGACUGAGCUCCAUGAACUACAGCAACAGCGUGGACCUCACGGACCUCAUGCUUUUCGCGUUGUAUCUGGUGUUCGUCAUUACCUUCGGAGCGUAUGCGUGUUACUCGCUUCAGAUCACCAUGAGACGAGACUUUCUCCAGAGUCGAUCGCUACUCAUCGAGCAGAAACGAUCGACUCAAAUCCUCAAGAAUAUGCUGCCAGAGCACGUGGUUCAGCGUAUGCAGAAGGGAGACACGCUGAUCAGCGAAGACGAACAAGACGUGACGAUUCUAUUCUGCGACAUCGCGGACUUUGCCUCGUUCGUGAACCGCUUUACCCCCACCGAAGUCGUGUCUCUGCUGGAUCGCGUGUACUCGCUCUUCGACCAAAUCUGUCAGAAACAUGGCGUUCGGAAGAUGGAGACGGUCGGGAAGACGUACAUGGCUUGCGCUGGCUUGCAGGGCAAAGAUCACGGUCGAGAGGCGGCACUGCGAGCUGUGUCGAUGGCGUUGGACAUGUUGGCGUGUCUGGACAAAUGUCGGGCGUCGAAUGGCGACGGGAUAAAGCUGCGGAUCGGAGUUCAUUCCGGUCGUGUGGUGAGUGGCUUGGUGGGUAUGAAGAAGCAGCAGUUCUCGCUGUUCGGAGACACCGUCAACACCUCCUCGCGUAUGCAGUCGACGGGCGUGACGGGGCGCUGUCAGAUCUCCCAAGUCACGUACAAGAAGCUGGUGGGUCAUUUCACCUUUGAGGAGCGACAGAUCGACGUGAAAGGCAAAGGAACCAUGACCACGUAUCUCGUGGGGGAGCCUCUCACGGAGGUGGCUCAGCUGUCGUGUCUGGGUCAACUGGAGUUCAGUGGCAAGCGAGACUCGGCCAUGAUGUCCACAUCGAUCAUAAACGUACGUCGCGCCUUCGAGCAGGACUUCCUGGCUGCCACUCGAAACAAAAUACUGCACUCAGCCAGACAGAGAUGGAAGAAAUACGACCCGAUUCGGAUGCUACUGGGCACGCCUCCCGAUCUCGCGUCGUGGGGAGGAACCGACACGAGCGAAAGCGUGGAACAGCACAUGCUGACGGAGAUUCGACUACUGAACAUGUGCUUCAAGGACAACGACAUGGAGAACAAGUAUCUCGAGAGUACGCUGUCCAACCGAGUAGAGGGCGCUCGCACAACGCUCCUUGCUCUAGCAGUGUACGCUUCCUUCACUUGUAUGCGCGAUCUCUUGGUGGAGGUCUUCUCGGUGGUCAGCUCGUAUGCUCCGCAGAAGGAGAUCUCGGCCACGAUGUACUCGAUCCUACUGUUCAUCCGGAGUCCGUUUGUCAUCGUAGCCAUCCUGGUGUCACGGAGAGUGAGGGACGAGUUCGUCUUUUACUCGGAGUUUAAGCUGCGCAAUGUUCUGCUCGGAUUCUACCUCGUUGGACUCUUUGUGUUUACACUCACGCAAGCGCUGCUAUGGGGGCUCAACUACGAAGCAGAUCUCGACACGUCGCCUCGAUAUGUGAACUUGUGUCUCGAUACAGUCCUCGCGAUGUUCGUAGUGUCCAAUGGCAGAUCCAUUCUGUACCGUCACGUGGUCGUCUUUAACGUGAUGGCGCUGAUCAUGGUGUCCAUUACGACGUUGGUGUCACUGCAGAGAUACCACCAGGACGCAGCCAAGUUCAACUCCAAGUUCAAAACCAGUUACCCCAUCGUCCUCACGUACUUCUCCGUGGUGGCCAACAUCAUCGCGUCCCAAAGUGUCGAGUUCUUCACACGACGUCAGAUCUGGCUCAAGACUCGUACGCAACUGGAGACGAUGAACGCCGAUCGUUUGUUGUAUCAAAUGCUUCCGGCUGCUGUGGUGAUGCGCCUGAAAGAAGGAGAAAUGGUGUGCGAUCAGCAUCAACAAGUGGGUAUUUUAUUCUCCGACAUCAAGGGCUUUACAUCCAUCGCCUCCCAAGCCGCCACCGCUCAAGUGGUCAACAUUCUGGCUUCUCUCUUCUGCGCCUUCGAUAAGCUGACUGAGAAGCACGGAGUGUUCAAGAUGCAGACGAUUGGAGACGCCUACGUGAUCGUAUCAGGUCUGCCGUAUGUGGAUAUGAGUCUGGGUCCAGGUGUGGUAACUAGCUCUGCAAGUACAGCCGACAUGUCCAUUGCUGACGUGGCGUCGGCCAGUACUCCGAGUAUCGCAGGUAUCGCUUCAGGGUUUAUGAGAGUGUCAAGCAACCGCGUGUUGCCGCUGGAACGGAAGAACGAGAUCGUGGAAGGGCAGAACGGCAGUCCACGAGGCUCAGGCUCCAAGCUGAGGUCACAUCUCUUACGACGAAGCACACUGAAGCACAAACACCAGAUGCACUUACGUAGCCAUAUCCGUGACCUGUUGGCCAUGGCUCGAGAUAUGCACAAAGAAGUUCGCAAGGUGCAGGACCCGAAUACCGGUGAACGGUUGCAGAUGCGAAUCGGUAUCCAUAUCGGUAACAUCAUCGGUGGUGUCAUUGGAACUACCACUCUACGUUACGACAUGUGGGGGCCUGACGCCCUCACAGCGAACGAACUUGAGUCGAAUGGCGUUCCUGAGAAGAUCCUUGUCAGUCUUGUGGUACAGGAGGUGGUCAAGGACAUGAUCGACAUCCGCUGUACGCCCCACCGCAAGAUCAACUUCACUAACGUCCCCAUGAUGGAUACAUAUCUUGUUGAGUUCAUCGAGCCCGACGGCACGGGAGGCAGAGCAAGUGGCUGCAUUGCAGGUAGUAGUACAAGGGAGAACAGCGUGAUACCACCCGAACCACUUAACCCUUCUCCAGGCUACGUAGGCUCCGACAACGACACAAAUCGGUCUCAAAGCCCACGGGAACAGACAACCCCCCAUUAG